AUGGAAAAGAAUAGCAAUAGCCAGCAAAGUGGCUCUUAAACCGUUCCAAUAAGAACUAGAAAUAUAAGAAAGUAUUAUAGAUUGAUAGCAGAAGUUGGGUCAGGAACCUAUGGUAGAGUUUAUAAGGCAGAAUGUCUGCGAACUAAAUAGUAUGUUGCUCUCAAAAAAUUCGAAAGCAAAGAUGAUAAAAUUAAAGAAGACGGAUUUCCAAUUACAGCAGUGCGUGAAAUUCUUUUGCUAAAAUAAUUAGACCAUGUCAAUAUUAUCAAAUUAAGGGAAAUUAUUUUGUCAAAGCCUUCUGAAAAAAACGACUACCGUGGUUCCACAUUUUUAGUUUUUGAUUACAUGGAUCACGAUUUUGCUGGAUUGCAUAGAAAUAAACAUGAAUUUUCUCUUUAGGAGCUCAAAUGCAUCAUGAAAUAAAUUCUAUUAGGCGUACAAUAUCUUCACUAUAAGAAAGUCAUUCACAGAGACUUGAAAAUAGCAAACAUAUUAUAUAACAAUUAAGGAGAGGUUAAAAUAGCUGAUUUCGGUUUAGCAAGAUUGCUUAAUCCAAACAAUCCAAAGUAUACAAAUAAAGUAGUAACUCUCUGGUACAGAGCUCCUGAGCUGCUUCUAGGAGCAAAGGAAUAUACAGAGCAAAUUGACAUGUGGAGUGUUGGAUGUAUUUUCAUUGAACUUGCAGUUGGUGAAAAUUUACUUAGAGGUGAGAAUGAGCCAAGAUAACUAGAUAAAAUCUAUGAAUUAUGUGGCAGCCCCAACACCUAAAAUUGGCCUGAAGUCGACAAACUUCAGCUUUGGAAGGACAUGAAACCCAAAAGAAAUUUUGAAAGAAAACUUAGAGAAUAGGUGAUUGAAAGAAAAAAAAAUAUUGAUCCUUAGUUUUUAAAUUUAUUAGAUGGGAUUAUGGUCUUGAAUCCUAAGAAAAGAUUUACUGUUCAAUAAUGUCUUGACCAUGAAUUCUUUAAAGUAGAACCUCUGCCUUUUGAAAUUAGUGAAAUGCCAAAAAUAAAAGAAGAGUGUCAUGAAGCUCUUCUAAAAAAUGUAAAAAAUAGAAACCAAGUCAUAUAAUCUCAUAAAAAUAAUUUCAUGUAAAGAGCAAAUAUGUCUCCUUCUAGAAUCCCUCCAAUGAGCACCUAAAAUUAAUAGGGAUAAAAGUCAUAUUCCAGCUCUUAAAAUUAAUUGUCGUCAAAUAAGUAAAGCACAAGCAGUAUAUAAAAUGCAUCAUCUUCAUAAUAAGGAAAUUAGAUAGUUGGAUAGUCUCACUUUGACUCCAGAAACAGUGGGAAAAGCCACUUUUAGUAAAAAUAAUAAAGUAGCAGCAGCAAUAGCAGCUAGUAAUACUCAAGAGAACACAUCAGCAAUAGUAAGGGAGGCUAUUAUGGAAACUCAAAUAAUUCGAGUUCUAUGAAAUACACUAGCGGGGGUGCUUAGUAGAAUAUUCCGUUAGACAGCGGGCCGAAUCUUAAAAAGUAAGGCAGUUCUACAGUAGGAUAAAACCAAUAACAGUAAUACCUAAACCCACCAUAUAAAAAGAAAACCAGCAUUCAGCUUAGUGGGGAUAAUAAUAACGAUUAUCCAUCAAUUGAGCAUCAUUUGGAUAACAGCAAUAAAAGCGUCACUAACGAAUCUCAAGUGGCUUAACCCAAUUAAAGUUCUAAAUUUAAUUCAUUUUCAGGGCUUGCAUCUCUUGUCUAAAAGUAAGGAUCUGUUGAUAGACAAGUGCAUAUCCCUCUGGAAAACAGUGGUCACAAGAAGCAAGUAGAAGAUGAAGAUGAUGACUAUGAAAAUUAAUCAACAGCUUAAGUCCAUAAAAAAUAAAGCAAUCUCUCUAUGCUCACAAGUAAUGCAUCUACCUUUAUGUAUAACAGCAUCAAUAAUAAUAACGAUGAUCCUAUCAUCAACCAUCUUUCUAAAAUUAAUCAAAAAAGAUCACCUCCCUCAGAAAUAUACGAUAUAAAUAUUAAGAAAAAAAUCAAAGAAGACUGA